AUGCAAUUUACCGAUGCGGAGGCAGUCGGUGUGAAGAAGUGGGUGGUGAAGAAGCUGGAAGAUAUCUCCGAUGCCGACUCUGAUGUGUUAGCCGAUUAUGUCCUGGCGCUAGUCAGGACUGACGCGCCAGAUGACGAAAACAAAAGAAACUCCGUGGAAAAUCUGGAGGACUUCCUGCGCGAACACACCCAGCCCUUCGUCAACGAGCUCUUUACAAAAUUCGGUCCCAAGCCAGCCCCUCCCACCCCUCAGCCAAAACAGGUUCACUCGAAUGCCGCUCACAAUAGCACACCCUCACAAGCUCCUGCGAACGCCCCCAGUGGCCCCAAGGGCACGGCGACCCCCGGUAGCGGUCGCAAAAGAACAUUCAAUGAUGGCUUCCAAGGCGAGCCUGAACACGAUAACGGCGCAUUCCAGAACCGCGCUAUGAAGACCCCACGACGGGGCGGGCGUGGUGGCGCUCGUGGUGACUUCGCUGGCGGCCAUCAGAUGCAUGGGAUGCAUCCCGGCCAGCAGUUCGGGCAGCAGCAGUUCCAACAACCGCAGUUCCCGCAGCAGCAACAGCAAGGGUUCCCUAUGAUGGGCGGGUUCCCCCAGUUUGACCCCAAUGACCCUAUGGCGGCUAUGAUGUCGAUGCAAGGCAUGGGCUUCCCUGGCAUGCCUGGUAUGCCCGGGAUGCCCGGAGGCCCAGGUGACGAACAGAUCCCCAAAAGCAAUCAGCGCUGCCCAUUCUACGACACACAAGGCAUUUGCUACCUGGGUAACACAUGUCCCUACCAGCACGGCGAGGCUGGUGCUUCAAAUGGUGAUGGUGAGGCACAUACAUCCCAGUGCGAUACGACGUUGCUAACGAGUGCAGAAUACGACCCCAAGACAGCAGGCUUCAACCCUCGUGGUGGUGCAUUUGUUCGCGGUGAGCGUGGUCGUGGCCGUGGCCGUGGCUUUGGCGCACGAGGCCGCGGCGGUCGUUCCGAUUUCUCGUCUGCUGGCCCGAACGAGGAUCAGUCUGUGACGACUAUUGUGGUUGAGCAGAUUCCCGAUGAGAAUUUCAACGAAGAAUCCGUCCGUGGCUUCUUCUCUGAGUUCGGUAAUAUCACCGAGGUGUCUCUGCAGCCCUCUAAAAAGCUUGCAUUGGUCAAAUACGAUACUUUCCCCGAGGCCAAGGCCGCGUGGUCCAGCCCGAAGGUCAUCUUCGAUAACCGCUUUGUGAAGGUCUACUGGUACAAGCCGGAGCCAGAGGCACCGGCUAGCAGUCUCCGCGCCGAGGCUCCAGCAUUCAACCCAGAGGAAUUCCAAAAGCAGCAAGAAGAAGCUCAAAAGGCCCACGAAGAAAAAAUGAAGAAGCGUCAGGAAACUGAAGCCGCGAAGCAGGCACUGGAACGCCAGCGCGACGAGCUCCUUAAGAAACAGCAGGAUGAGCGCAACCGUCUCAUGCAGCGACUCGGCGGAACGGACGCGAGCACCGUCACCGGAGAUGCCAUGGCCAUCGAGCCUCCUGUUGAUGAUAAUGCCAGCGAGGAGACAAAGCAACUGCGCGCUCAACUGGCUGCUCUCGAAGCCGAAGCCAAGAGCAUGGGUCUCGACCCGGAGGCUGACCCCUCAGCCGCAGGACGAGGCGGAUACCGAGGACGUGGCGGGUUCCGCGGUCGAGGUGCCUUCCGUGGACGUGGCGGCUAUGACCCCAAUUUCCGCGGCCGUGGACGUGGUGGGUUUGGAGCGCGUGGACGGGGAGGUGUUCUUCGUCUCGACAACCGUCCUCGCCGGGUUGCUGUGUCGGGUGUUGAGCUUAAUUCAGAAAAGGAUGAGGCACUCCGUCAACACUUGAUGGGCGUUGGCGAAUACGAAUCUAUUGAAGCACACCCAGACCAGCCCAACUCGGUUGUCGUGGCAUUCAAAGAGCGUUUCCAGGCCGAGAAGCUCAUGUUCUCACCUUGGAACAUCCCCUCCGUGGGUGAUGUCCAGCUCACCUGGGUGGCUAACCCUCCCAUCACCCUCCCUGCGUCCACUCCUGGUUCUACUGCGGAUGGCAAGAGCCAGGACGAGCCCGAGGAUACUGUGAUGUCGUCGGCGCCGACGCCGGCUCCGGAGGUCACCGCCGCUCCUGCGCGGGACAUGGAUUAUGAUGUUGCGGAGGAUGACAAUUGGGGUGCGCAGUAA